UUUUCUAUUUCCACUCCCGAUCCCCAACCCUUCUUCUUUCUCUCUUCUCCCUCGAUUUCGAGGGUUUUCCAUUCUCCUCCUCUCGAUUCGUCUCGUUUGCUCGAUCCAAGCUUGAGCCUUUGGCUUUGCUUCCGAUUUCCGAUCCCGAUCUCGGUCCGAGGGUUCCGGAGUUUUGAUUCGGAAUGCAGCAGCAGAGGCUGAAGCAGCAGCAGCAACAGCAGCAGCAGCAAGCGCUGAUGCAGCAGGCUUUGCUGCAGCAGCAGCAGCCUUCGCUUUAUCACCAUCCCGCUCUGCUCGCCGCCCAUCCUCAGAUAGAGCCAAUGCCAAGUGGAAAUGUGCCUCCUGGCUUUGAUACAACCACAUGCCGCAGUGUGUAUGUUGGAAAUGUCCAUAAUCAUGUUACUGAAGCUCUUCUUCAAGAGGUAUUCCAGAGUACUGGUCCGGUUGAAGGCUGCAAGCUGAUUAGGAAAGAGAAGUCAUCAUAUGGUUUUGUAGACUACUAUGAUCGAAGAUUUGCUGCACUUGCAAUUAUGACCCUCAACGGAAGGCAUUUAUUUGGCCAACCAAUUAAGGUUAAUUGGGCAUAUGCUAGUGGGCAGAGAGAGGACACAUCGGGGCAUUACAACAUCUUUGUUGGUGAUCUUAGCCCAGAGGUUACAGAUGCCGCAUUGUUUGCAUGUUUUUCUGCAUAUCAAACCUGCUCAGAUGCAAGGGUUAUGUGGGAUCAAAAGACUGGGCGUUCGAGGGGGUUUGGUUUUGUGUCUUUCAGGAGCCAGCAGGAUGCACAAAAUGCCAUAAACGAACAGACUGGUAAGUGGCUCUGUAGUAGGCAGAUCCGUUGCAAUUGGGCAACAAAGGGCGCUGGUACUAAUGAAGACAAACUAAACUCGGAUUCCAAGAGUGUUGUGGAACUAACAAAUGGAUCAUCUGAAGAUGGUCAAGAGACUGCAAAUGAUGAUGCCCCAGAGAAUAACCCACAGUACACUACUGUUUAUGUGGGCAACCUUGCCCCUGAGGUUACACAACCUGAUCUUCAUCGGUUUUUCCAUGCCCUUGAUGCUGGUGCAAUUGAAGAAGUGCGUUUGCAGCGAGACAAAGGAUUUGGUUUUGUGAGGUACAGCACUCAUUCAGAAGCUGCGCGUGCUAUUCAGAUGGGAAACGCCCGGAUUUUCUGUGGAAAGCCAAUCAAGUGUUCGUGGGGCAGCAAACCUACUCCAGCAGGUGCCAGCUCCACACCUCUGCCCCCUCCUGCUGCCCCUUUCCCUGGACUCUCGGCAACUGAUCUCCUGGCAUAUGAGCGAUCUCUGGCAUUGAGCAGGAUGGGUUCUGGUCAGGCAUUAAUGCAGGGCCAGCACGGGCUCAAGCAGGCAGCAAUGGGCGUUGGCACUGGCGCUAGUGACGCAAUGUAUGAUGCCGGGUUCCAGAAUGUGGCCGCGCAGCAGCUCAUGUAUUACUAGAAAUCUAGCGAUGUCUCGCAUAUUAGAGUUUGACAUACAAGGCUCUUGUUUCUGUUUCUCCAUUAUACUUUUACAGUUCGGUGUUCUCAUACCCUUUGUCUCCUUUAUGGUGGAAGUUGUUGUAUUGGUGUCCGAAAGUGAGUAGGGAGUGUUUGGAGAGGUGUUGAUUGAUAUUUUUAUUCAGUAACUCGUUGUUUGUAUUUGUUUUUAUUUCCAGAGGUCUCUUUUGUGUCGAUCAGUUCCUAUAGCGUUUGGUGUAUUAAACGGGCAGAUUUGUGCUGCAUGCCUUGUAAAUUUCAUCUCUUUAAUGGCACUGGAAAACUUGAAUGGGAGUGAUGUGUUUUUAUUUUACUUU